AUGAAAAUCGUGGGAUUUUCGGUGCUUCUCGUCGCCGCCUUCUUGGCUCACUGCGCCGUUUCCGAGGUAUUAUCGAUUGACUUUUGUGCGGUAGAGCGCAUUUGCAUUUCGUGGUUUUAGGACGAGGUAAAGUACGAUUUGACGGACAAAAACCAAUUCUCGUUCUACUUCCGCCAGCAAUGGGAGCUGUUGUUCGGCCAGCCGAUGCCCGUCGCCAUGCAGGCAAAGUGAGUAGAAAAGUUGCGGAAAAUCAAUUAAAUCUGUAUUUUGAGGGCGGCGAUCCUGGCGCUCGUGUCGGAGCCGUUAUACAUGCAGCCGUGCUUCAUGGUCGCGCGCCAGAACGGCUAUAGUCUGUUCGAUAACCGUCUCUGGGCGAUGCACCACGCGUUGCAGUCGUGCACGGUGAACUCGGUGGAAGUGCUGCCGAUGGACCCGAACGACAACACGAUCGACGCGCCGCUGCACAUGGAAUUCGUGCAGAACAGCUCGUACGUCAGCUACACACACCGCUUCAGCGACAUUUCGCUGCACAUCAAGGCGAAGAAGGAGGAGGUCGACAAGCCGUUCCGCAUCUACAAUAUCUACGAGAGCUGCUCUCUUGACUAG